UCGGUCCUCAUCUUCAAAGAAACAAAUAAUUUUCAAUCUUGCUUCUUUAUCGGUGUUCCUAAAAGGAAUCCAGCGAAAACUUCCCUUUGUCUCAACUCAAGUCAGACUCAAUUACCAUGGACUUCUCCGUCAAACCUCCCGGCGGCUCACCUUCUCCAUCGUCUUCCACCUCUUCUUCUACUCCUCAUCGUUUCAAAUCCGCCACCACACCAACCGCUAGUGCCGCCGCAGGAAUCUCAUCCACCGCCGAUCGAGAUCCGAUGCAUUCCUGGUGGGAAUCAGUCUCAAAGCAACGCUCUCGCAUACUCUCUCUCUCAUCUCUCCUCUCCGGCGAUUCUCACUUUGAAGACGGUGACGUAACUCCGAUCUCCUCUCUUGCAGAUUCCGAUCGGCCGGCGUUAUCGUUACUUUCUUCUCGCGCUGCUUACUCUUUGAUCUCGACUUCUCUUUGCAAUCCAGCUUCUGGUUCUGGAUCUGAUCCUCUUUGUCAAUGGCUAUACGAAACCUACCUCUCCUCUGAUCCACCGCUUCGUCUCGUCGUCCUCUCGUUCCUUCCGUUACUCGUCGGAAUGUACCUUGCUCGAAUUCAUUCCUCAGAUUCUUCGUCUCUUCCUUCUCUAUCCGGAUUCGAAGCUGUGCUUCUCGCAAUCUACGCCGCCGAGGUUAAAGCUCGCGCAGGUAAACCUAUACUCGUACACAUUCCAGAUCUCUCUCAGCCAUCUCUCUACCACACACCGAGAAACGGCGUUGACAAAUCGCGUGAUUCCAAUCCCACCGCCUCCGUUGGAGUCUUGUCUCCGCAGCUUGAGCCUCAGAUCGCGGUUAAGUCAACUAAACGAGCCAGCAUCGUUGGCGUAGGACUACAAUGCUAUUUCAAGGAGAUCUCACAGAUGCCGGCUUGGUCUAAGCUUGAAUUCUGUAAAUUCGCUGCUAAUUGGGCUGGUCAAGAUUGCGAUUGCAAGGAAAGGAUCGAUGGAGACGAAGACAAAGUCUUAGCACUAACUAAUGGUUUUGGAGAUUCCUCCUCUUUUAAUGGCAGUAGUGGACGUAGUCUUGAGAUCGAAGAGGAUUUUGAUAGAUUAGCAAUCAGAGAGAACGGAGAACAACUUAGCUCCAAUGGCGGCCUUGUAGGAGGCGUGAGGAUUCCACUUCCAUGGGAACUGUUUCAACCUACACUACGGAUUCUAGGUCAUUGCUUGCUUAGUCCAUUGAACACUGGAGAUGUUAAAGAUGCAGCUUCCAAUGCAGUAAGAUCAUUGUACGCAAGAGCCUCUCAUGAUCUGAAUCCACAGGCGAUUUUAGCUACACGGAGUUUGGUUAACCUCGAUACAAGCGCACGAACCACGGCAAAGACCGUAGCUGCAGAGACUGUUAAUGGCUCGUCGAAUGUUAACACUCCAAGCAAGGCGAAAAAACCAGAGAUUCUUCUGGCGUCAAAGUGAGUGUAGUGUUUCUGUUAAUCUGAAAUUGUUUUGGUUUGUGUGUAGGUUAUCAUGUAUAGUUGUAUUUGAAACAUGUGAGAAAAAAUUGCAGAUUGAUGUAGAAUCUUUGUUGUGGUUUUACAUUGUUGUGAUGCUUGAAGACUUUUGAGGAUUAAUUUGGUUUGACUUAGAGAAGUUUGUGAGAAUGUGAAGGUAAUUUGCCGUAGUGGAUGAUCUUUGUUUCUGUUGUACUUGUAUAAUCUCAAUUUGCGGUUGUGGCAAUAGUCUUGUAUUCUUUUA